AUGACAGACGAUUUUGGCACACUGGCGAAAGUCUUGUUGUUUUGGGAUGGUGCUGGUGACACCACUGUUGGAAGCAUUCCCAUUUAUUUAAGCAAUGUUGCUUGGAAUUCAAACUACGCCCUGAAAACAUGGAAUUCCUUCAGCAAGACUUUCAGUGCCAGUUCUGACACAGCUGCCACAAGCCAUACAUUGACCAUUGGAAUGAACAUGCAAGCAUCGAGAUCACCCAACACUUGUGAACCCUCUGAAGGUGAAAAUGGUAUGGGAAACAAAUACAUACUCCGUAUCGACAACAAUUUCAAAGUGACAAGGAUGACAACAAACUAG